AUGGCAUCCGAGGCUCCGAGGAAGAUCCUCCUCAAGGGAGGCACGCUGCUGCUACACAACAAGGAUGGACAUGUAUCUCCCGCGGUGUCCGACCUUCUCAUCGAGGACUCCACGAUAGUCAAGAUCGAGGCAGACAUUACGGCACCUUCAUCAGACACGAAGAUCAUCGAUUGCACCAACAAGAUCGUCUCGCCGGGCUUCAUCAGCACGCACGCCCAUCUGUGGCAGACGGCGUGCAAGGGUGCUCACCCCAACCACAGCUUCGUCGAGUACAUGUCUUCUGGGAAUUAUAUCUCCUCGGUCUACACGCUUGAGGAUGCGUUUUGGGGCGAGCUGGCCGGGGCACUGGAGAACAUUGAUGGCGGCACGACGACGGUCGUUGAUCAUAGUCACUUGAACCUUGGACCAGACUAUCCCAAGACAGCAAUCCAGGCUCUUGUGACAAGCGGUCUCCGAACCGUCUACUGCUACUGCCCGCCACGCAAAGUGGCGUCGUGGAAACCGUUCACCUUGAACGACACCCCAGUGCCAGAUAUCAUGGACGAAUUCAAGGCCCUGGCUGCCGCUGGCCCCUUCGGUGGCACCGGCGGCCGAGUGUACAUGGGGUUCGGCAUGGACAACAUCUACAUCGGCCCGCUGCUCAAGCCGCAGUUCGAGGCGCUGCGCGCCGCCCCCGCCGCCCAGCUCAUAACGAGCCACACGACCGCGGGCCCGGCGUACAAAAUACCUCACGGCAUCGCCCUCCUGGACGCACAGGGCCUGCUGGGCGGCGACGUGCUGAUCAGCCACUCGCCGUACCUGACGGACGCGGAGAUCGGGCGGCUUGGCGAGACGGGCGCGUUCGUCAGCUCGACGCCCAACACCGAGCUCCAGAUGGGCUUCGAGCCGGUGGCGCUGCGCGAUGGCGUCAGGGAGCGCGCCAGCAUCGGCGUCGACUGCCACACGUGGGGCACGAGCUACCUCCCGACGCAGAUGACGCUGCUGCUGCAGGCGCGCCGCCUGAUGGCGUCGAACGACCUCGUCCGCGAGGGCAGGUGGAGCCGGCAUACGGCGGCGACGGCCGAGGAUGUCUUCAACCUAGGGACCAUUGGCGGCGCGAGGGCGGCGGGGCUGGCGGACCAGAUCGGCCAGCUCAAGGUCGGCUUCAAGGCUGACAUCGCCGUGUUCGAUGCCAGCAGCCCCGGCAUGCUGGCCGCUGCCACGGAAGAUCCUGUGGCGGCUGUGGUGCUGCACUCGAGCAUCCGGGACGUGGAGACGGUGAUUGUGGACGGUGUGCUACGCAAAGAAGGCGGCAAACUGCUAGAGAUGCAAGUGCCGGAGGUGGAUGAUGUGCUGAAGAGUGAGGUUGUGCCAACGGGCAAGAUCCUCUCGUGGAGUGACAUUGCGGCUGAGAUUCUAAAGAGCCGUGAGAGUAUCAGGGGUAAGCUGAAAGGGAUCGAUUUCCGUCAUGUGGAAGACACUAUGAUCAAUAUGUUCUAUAUAGACAAGCAGGCUUUGGUUGAUUGA